UGCCUCGGUUCACCCCCUGUCCUCCGCGGGCAACCGGCCUAAAGCCAACAGCAGCAGCAGUUGAUAACUCCAUCUUCCUGCAGAAAAGGGUGCAUUGUUCUAUCUCGUCUCUCGUAUCUCUUAUUCAUCCGUUCUCCUCCUUCUUCCUCGUUGCUCUGUCUAUCUCCCCGCAGCUUCAAGUGAUCGUGCUUUCUCUCCUCUUUCUCCUCUCUUUCCCCGCACUUCUACCCCAGUAAAAUGGCGUUCACAAUGAGAACCUCCCGCCAUGCGUCCAAGCUGGCUCAGACCUCUCGUCCUUUUAUCUCCUCCACCCGCCGAUAUGCCACAGCGGAACCCGACCUCAAAACCGCCCUGAAGGAGGUCAUCCCCGCCAAACGCGAAUUGCUCAAGCAGGUCAAGGCACAGAGUGAUGAGGUGAUUGGCGAGGUCAAGGUCGGAAAUGUCAUUGGUGGCAUGCGUGGUCUCAAGGGCAUGCUCUGGGAGGGCUCCGUCCUCGACCCAGAUGAGGGUAUUCGUUUCCACGGCAAGACCAUCAAGGACUGCCAAAAGGAGCUCCCCAAGGGUACCUCGGGUACUGAGAUGCUUCCCGAAGCCAUGUUCUGGCUGCUCCUCACUGGCCAGGUCCCCUCGACCACCCAGGUCCGCGCUUUCUCGCGUGAAUUGGCCGAGAAAUCCCACCUCCCUCAGUACAUCCUCGACUUGAUCAAGUCGUUCCCUCGCUCCAUGCACCCCAUGACCCAGCUGUCCAUCGCUGUGGCCGCCCUCAACACCGAGUCCAAGUUCGCUCAGGCCUACGAGAAGGGCCUCAACAAGGCCGAGUACUGGGAGCCCACCUUCGACGACAGCAUCUCGCUGCUCGCCAAGAUCCCCCGUGUCGCGGCUUUGGUUUUCCGUCCCGACGAAAUCGACGCCGUGGGCACUCAGCGUCUCGACGCCGCCCAGGACUGGUCCUACAACUUCGCCGAGCUGCUCGGCAAGGGCGGCGAGCAGAACCAGGACUUCCACGACCUCCUCCGUCUCUACCUCGCUCUGCACGGUGACCACGAGGGCGGUAACGUCUCCGCCCACGCUACCCACCUCGUUGGCAGUGCCCUCAGUGACCCCUUCCUGAGCUACAGCGCCGGUCUGCUCGGUCUGGCCGGUCCCUUGCAUGGUCUCGCUGCCCAGGAAGUCCUGCGCUGGAUCCUCGCCAUGCAGGAGAAGAUUGGUACCAAGUUCACUGACGAAGACGUCCGCAACUAUCUCUGGAACACCCUGAACUCCGGCCGUGUCGUCCCCGGAUACGGCCAUGGCGUCCUGCGUAAGCCUGAUCCUCGCUUCCAGGCCCUCAUGGACUUCGCCUCCACCAGACCCGACGUCCUCGCCAACCCCGUCUUCCAGCUCGUCAAGAAGAACUCCGAGAUUGCCCCCGUUGUCCUCACCGAGCACGGAAAGACCAAGAACCCUCACCCCAACGUCGACGCCGCAUCCGGUGUCCUCUUCCACCACUACGGCUUCCAGAAGCCCCUCUACUACACCGUCACCUUCGGUGUUAGUCGAGCCCUUGGACCCCUGGUGCAGCUCAUCUGGGACCGUGCCUUGGGUCUCCCCAUUGAGCGACCCAAGAGCAUUAACUUGCUUGGCUUGAAGAAAUAAACGAUUGGUGUAUGAGACUGGAUCCGUAUGACCGAAACGAAACGAAGCCGUGUUUUUGUUAUUGUUGAAUCAACUGUAAUAGUGCCAUCUGGGAUAGAUAUAAGUGAAUAAAAAUUAGACUGAUUCUGGGGUCACAAGUAGAUACAACACGUACCUUAGUUUGUAAGGCGCACAUAUAGUAUAUACUAAAAAUUGGAUCGAUC